GCGCGCGCACACUCUGUGGCGUUUCUGAUGCGGAACAACAAGUCUGAACAAACUCUGCUGCUCCACUUCCGAAUGUUUGAAACACCUCCAUCAGAGCAGCGCCUCCUCCUCCUGCUCCUGCUCCCGCCGCAGCGCUCGUGAGGAGACACCGGACCGAUGACGGACAACGAGCGCGCGGCCAGAACCCUCAAACACGUCCUGCAGAAGCCGGGGAACGGCAGCUGCGCGGACUGCGGCGCCGACAAUCCGGAAUGGGGCUCCUGUUCUUUAGGAGUCUUCGUCUGUCUGGGCUGCUCCGGAAUCCAUCGCAGUAUUCCCAACCUCGGAAAAGUCAAAUCUCUCCUGCUCUCACGCUGGGAGGAUUCAGAAGUUCAGUUCAUUUCUGAGCGAGGGAAUGAUGCCAUGAACGCCGUCUAUGAGGCGGCACUUCCUGUUUACUUCUACAAACCCACACACAGAGACUGCCAGGUGCUGAAGGAGCAGUGGAUUCGGGCAAAGUACGAGAGGCAGGAGUUCGUGGAGAACGGCAAGAAGCUGAUCUACGAGGACGAGACGAGAGAUGGCAUGCUAAUGAAGAGGGGGCGGGACAACGGACAGUUCCUCAACAGACGAUUCGUCCUGUCGCUGAGAGACGGCACACUAAAGUACUUCACUAAACUAGACGCUAUAAUACACAUUGAUGUUAUGUUGGUGGUGAGCAUAAUCGCCUUUUUGCAGUGUGUCUGGAUCGGAAACCCCAACGGCCUGCAGAUCACCUACCUGAGAGACAACAUCACACGAAACAUCUUCAUCUACCACGACAGCAGCAGAGAGAUCGUGGAGUGGUUUAACUGCAUCCGGGCGGCACAGCUGCACUAUCUGAAGGUUGCGUUCCCUGGAGCUACGGACGCUGAGCUGAAGCCCAAACUGACACGUAGCUUUCUGAAAGAGGGAUACAUGGAGAAAACGGGCCCGCGGCAAACAGAAGGCUUUAAGAGGCGCUGGUUCACACUGGACCACCGGCGGCUCAUGUACUUCAAAGAUCCUCUGGACGCGUUUGCUAAAGGCGAGGUGUUCCUGGGACACCGAGAUCACGGAUACCGCGUUACGAUCGGACUUCCCGCGGGAACCCAGUACAACGGGUUGUGGCAGUACGGCAUCACCAUAGAAACGCCCGCCCGCAGCUUCCUGUUCACCUGUGAAACGGAUACGGAGCAAAAGGAUUGGAUGAGCCAUUUCAAUGCAGUCAUCAACACUCCCAUGAGCCCACAGGAGUACACAGUGGAGGCCUACUUCAAACACAAACACUGAUGGACCACCGAACCCUCGCUGUGACCUCUGACCUUUCACCUGUGACCUCUGCAGCUGACCUGCCACAGAUCUCACAGCACGUGCCUCAGAUGUCUGUGUUUUUAAGUUGUUUUACACUAAGUAUUUGUUUGUAUACUGUAUGAUUCUGUAUCAUUAGUAUUUUGUCCCUAUAACAUUACAUUUGCAUGUCUGCGCUUUUGAUGCACUUUUUGCGACCAAAUCUUAUUUUUUAAGCACUAAAGUCUUGUGGUGAGAGUUAUUUCACAACUGACCCUUCUCAUGAACAUUUAUUAAACGAUAUUCAACUCACUUUUAAGUGAAAGUCAACUCUUUAGUUCUGAACCUCUGUUUGUUCACAUAUUAAAUGGACACUCCAGUCAAAAAUUCUCA